UAGCACAAUCAGCACAAUUGUAAUCAUUGUAAAGUGUGACUGUGAGUGAUUCGGCACUUUAUACAACUUUAUAUAAAUUUUUUGAUAGUACAACAAUACAACAGAAUAAUUUUUUAAAUAAUUAAUAAAUAUAACAAACGAAUAAUGAGUGCUGUACGUGUUAUUAAUGAUGAUGGACAUUUCCAUGGAGAAUUAGCAAGUGCCGGUACAAAAUUGGUUGUCGUUGAUUUUACAGCAACUUGGUGUGGUCCAUGUCAACGGAUAGCUCCUGUUUUUGAGCAAUUAUCAACAAAAUAUCCUAAUGCAAUAUUUUUAAAAGUUGAUGUUGACAAAUGUGGUGAUACAGCAGCUGGACAAAAUGUCAGUUCAAUGCCAACAUUUAUAUUUUAUCGUAAUCGUACGAAACUUGGUCUUUGUCAAGGAGCAAAUCCACAAAAUCUUGAAGCUAAAAUAAUUGAAUAUUAUGGAGGUGGUGAAGGUGAUGAUAACGGCGAGGGACCAGUUGCUGGACAUAUGGAUUUAACGACAUUUAUCAUGAAGGGACAAUGUGAAUGUCUCAAUGAAUCUGAUGAUCAUACAUUUGAACAUUGUCUUACACCUGAGGGUGGAUAUCUUGAGAGUGAUUGUGAUGAACAGCUGAUUAUGUCAUUCACCUUCCGACAAGCAGUCAAGGUUCAUUCAUUGAAAAUCAAGGCACCAACUGAUAAGGGACCAAAAAAUAUCAAGAUUUUCAUCAAUCAGCCAAGAACAAUUGAUUUUGACAUGGCUGUUUCAAAUACAAGUAUUCAAGAUCUUGAAUUCACUGAAAAAGAUCUUGAAGAAGGAAAUCCAGUUCCUCUUCGUUAUGUUAAAUUCCAGAAUGUUCAGAAUCUUCAAAUAUUUGUUCGUGAUAAUCAGGGUUCAACUGAGACAACUCAAAUUGAUCAUUUGUCAAUUAUUGGCUCACCACUUGCCACAACAAAUAUGGGUGACUUUAAAAGAGUUGCUGGUAAAAAAGGCGAAAGCCAUUGAAAAUAAAUAAACUGAUUUUUUUAAUUAUCAGCAACGUUUCAUUAACAUUUUUCUAUAUUAUUGAGUUCAAUUAUGUUUUUUUUUUUUUUUUUUUUAAUCAUCAGUCAAAUGAUUAUGUGCAUAAAUAUA